AGAGAGAGAGAAAGGGAGUCUUCGUUCGUUAGUGUUAGAAAGUAGGACUAGUCAGUGGCGUAAUUGAAUAUGUGCGCCAUCACGGGUUUCAGAAGAGCGGCCACGUGCUGCGCCCCUCAGUCGCCGCUGUGCAUUGAUCGGAGUAGGUUGGUGCCUCGCUCCGUCUUCCUCCCGCUCUAGGCAGGGUCUACCUGCGGCGGAACGUCGAAUUCCAUGCACUAUAAAGAUCUGCGGCUUCGGGUAUAAUCAAAAUAAGUGAUUUAUGUAAUCGAUAAGGUAUUUGCCUAGAACUAAACUAUAACUUCUGCGAAAUUUGUGAGUACCCUCAUCAGCUCCCUGGUGUACAAUUUUAGAAACUUUAUCCUUUGUAACAAACACUAUGAAAUCUUACAAAAACUUGCGAAAUCACAAUCUCCUUGCGCUCCUGGUCUUGAUGGUUUUCGCUUCUGUGAAAGGAUGUCUGGGCCUUCGCGUGAGACAGGUAGUAGUACCAUCGCACGAAGUCAAAGGUAAGAAGGUGGAUUUAGAAUGUCGAUAUGACCUCGAGGGCGACAAACUGUAUUCGGUCAAGUGGUACAAAGGAAUCAAGGAGUUCUUCCGCUACGUGCCUGCUGACAACCCCCCAAUCCAGGUGUUCAGUCUUCCCGGCGUUAGUGUGGACACAGACAAGAGCAACAGCAAGAAGCUGACAUUGAAGGAAGUGUCGUUAAAAACUUCGGGAAAGUACAAAUGUGAAGUAUCUGCUGAAGCUCCAUCCUUCCACACCGACUCGGGGACGGGACAGUUGCUGGUAGUGCAUAUUCCUGAGAAAAAUCCAGACAUCACUGGCAUCCGCAGCAAGUACCAGGUCGGUGAUGUGGUACAAGUAAAUUGUACAUCCUCACCCUCAUGGCCCGCUGCUGCCCUUCUCUGGUAUAUCAACGAUGAGCCGGCCGAGAUGUCGUCCCUGGUAGAUUAUGCUCCCAUCACCAACGAAAAGGGCCUUGAGACCUCCAUAUUGGGCCUACAUUUCCGAGCCUCUAGCAAUCAUCUCAAGCAUGGGAUGCUGAAACUCAGAUGCACUGCCACCAUUGCUGCAGUGUAUUACCGCGAGAACACUUGUACCGCAGGCACCUCUGUUUCACAACUUUCAGACAUCCAUGAGAUUCGUAGCCUAUUAGAUGGAGGAGCAACUUCUUUGCAUGCCAUACAAGGAUGGUCAGCUGUCACUGGAAUCGUCCUUUUGCUUCUGAGGUAACACUCAUCCAAGACAUCUCGCUUCACUCUUCAGUUUGGUCAUGUUCUGGUGGCCAGUGAGGUGAAGCAAACAUGGGGGCAACCCAGGGAGGUCCACUGAUGAUACAGAAUACAGGUGAGCAUCUGGUAUCCCUGACUGCGACGCCUUAAAUUUCCUAUCCUAUGCCUGGUUUCGCCUAUGAAAGCUAAUGCAGUAUCGCCGUCAGAUAAUCUCUCGACACUAAUACACUCUCGACACUAAUACGUAAACACUUCUUACACAUCCCAACCCCCGAUCCAGUGUGAAAUUCCUUUGUGCUAACGGAAAAUACAUACAUGACAAAGGCGUGCAAUAAAACAACCCUUACAAAAUAACAAUAAUAAUCUACGUAUCCUGUGUGGGAUUAUAUAAGCUGCGAGGUGACUAAUCGCACGCCGCAGUCUUGCUGAAGAUGGAAGAGGCAAAGGAAACCCUACACCGCUGCCGUUUCCAGAACAUCUGGGAAGCAUCCUGCCAUCCUGGUGAGGCCAGCAGCUCCAGGUCGGAGGUGCCAUCAGGUUCUGAGGAAUGCGCGUCUGCUGUCUUCUAUCCCUCAAGAUACCGCGGAUCUACAACACCAAUGCGAUCACAUCUCCAUGUCCCCUGGUUCUGCAACUGUACCUCCGCCAUUGCGGCAGUGGCCACAGCAUCAGUCUUCGGUGCAUGCCUUCUGGAAAUGCCCUAAUUUGCCAUAACUCCUGCACGAGCUGUUUCUCAUCAGACAGGUCGCCUGACGGGCGCGUGGCAUUUUUUUUCGCUGCCGUUCCCACGAUUAGCCACCGUCCGUUUCCCGAGACGUCAUCCGUGAUGUUAACGGCAGCCACAGACUCGCACUAGGGUCCUGUAGGGUACCUCUAUACUGCACGGUAUGCUAUACAGCACUGGCAUUCAACUACCAGUCUGUGGGCCAAAUUCGGACUUUUGGUGUGUUUCCAUUGGGCCUUUAAUGGGAUUUGAGUAGCCUAAUUAAAAUAAAUUAAUGAAAUAUUUAGUUACUCAUGUAUUCACAUACGAAAUUUUGCAUAGAUGUUUACCAUGACCACCUGUAUUAAUUAGAAUUAGAUGA